UUACCAAGCUUAGUUUUUGAUCGGACAAGUGUUGUUUUAUUGUGAUCUUAGACACAUAUCUUCCCCCGUUUAAGUAGAUAGGGCUUAUGUGCGCAUCAUCUGCACCGGUGUUGCAAAUACGACUGCCGAGUGCGUAGACUUUCCUUAAAGGUACUUUGCAAAUGCUGUGGUGGGCGGGUCACUGAAUGUCAGUGAAUAUGUUUCGUGUGCUUAAAAAUUAGAAGUUUGCAGCGUGUUUGCGCGCUGUCUGUGGAGUAGAUCAUUCACGAGGCGCACAAAUAACAAACUGUCGCAUUGAAUUCGCUUGAAGCACGGCGGGUAAUCGAUUUCCAGCGGGUGUGACAGAUCUGUUAGUGGGUGGAUUAUGGAUGUUAUUCCCAUGUGCAGUAUUUUUCAGGAGCUGCAGAGCGUGCUUGAUACGGGAUACCUGUCUGCAUUGCCAUCUUUAGAAGAGUAUUGGCAGCAGACAUGUCUUGAGCUUGAACGCUAUCUUCAGAACGAGCCCUACGUCUCUGCCGCAGAUCUGAGAUCAGCGUGCGAAUCUGACAAUUUGUUGAAUCAGUUUCUGCGAUGCUGCGGGACAGCUGGAGCAAACACGCCCCCGCAAAGAGCUUCCGUUUCCAAACAGGACGGGGUCUGCAAGACCCCUCCGCACCCAGACCUUAAAGAAUGUUUCGCCACCAGCCGCCAGAAAAUUCCAUCUGCUGAUGUACGUACACACCCAUCGGGCCCCAGCGUAUCUGAGCAUGAACAUGCGGUCGCAAACACGCCGCCUUGCUCUCCUCUGUCAGCCAAAGAAGUCAUGGACAUAGCAUCACUCUCCGCUAUACCUGCCGCAGAGCUGCGAGAAGAUGUGGAGAGGGAAGAGGAGCUCAAAGGUGAAGAGUCACCUGAAAGACGAAGGAGAACUCAUCGAUGUUGCUUCAAUGGUUGCAGGAAGGUGUACACCAAGAGCUCCCACCUGAAAGCACAUCAACGCACACAUACCGGUGAGAAGCCGUACAGAUGUUCAUGGGACGGCUGCGAGUGGCGCUUUGCUCGGAGCGACGAACUGACGAGGCACUUCAGAAAACACACAGGAGCGAAACCCUUCAAAUGCAACCACUGUGACAGAUGUUUCUCUCGUUCUGAUCACCUGGCCCUGCACAUGAAACGACACAUGUGAAUGAGAUUCAGAGACGAAGAGAAUGAAACAAGUUUUCGAGCUUCAGGGUAGAUGGAGUCGAGCUCUUUCUGUGUCAGAUAGUCAAGGCCCAAAAAGGCGAUACAAUUGGAAUGAAUAAGCACACAAGAAUGAAUAGAAUGCCUGUGUAUGUGUGUGUGCGUGCGUGCGUGUGUUUGUGUGUGCGUACACGUGUUUGUGUUUAAGACUGAUAGCUAGUUUCAUACAUUUGUCUCGCUGGUUGUGUAUGUAAAGAUUUGACUACGUUUUGUCCUCACAAAAAGCAGAAACUGAUUUGUGAAGACAUGUUAGGUAGUACAUGCUAUUAUAUACUAGUAUUUUAGGGAUAGUUCGCCCCAAAAUAUAUCAUCUGUCAUCAUUUAUUCGCCCUCAUGGCAUUCAAAACUUGUAUAUGACUUAAGAGUUUAAAAUAUUUUGAGUAAAAAGUGGUUUUGUGUCCAUACAAUGGAAGUCAAUGGGGGCCAAUUUUUGUUUGCUUACCAAUGUUCUACAGAAGAAAGAACAUAAUAUACAGUAGGUUUGUAAUGACAUGACGAUGAGUAAAUGAUGACAAACAUUUUAUUUUUGGGUGCACUAUACCUUCAAAUCCAAUAAUGUGUGCGUGUGUUUUAUAGUUCAGACUUGAAAAUGAGAACAAAGUUGUUGCGAAUAUUGCACUCUUACUGAUCUCAGAUGUGACUUUUUUUUGGAAAAUUUGGGUACUGAGAUUUUACUAUGCUGACUUUGUCUUGUUAAAGCUGUGUUUAAUGCAUUUAAAAUUAUAAACAUUUUGUGCAAAUUUUAGCAUUAGCUUGCAUAACCACCUUAAAUUGCCAGCACAAUGUAUUAAUUAAUGUAUUAAUGAAACUCAGCUUAUGAAUGCAACGCUUGGUUCUAAGCUAUAAAGAAAUUGGAUUUCCUAAACCAGCGUUUCAUUACAGUACAUAUUUUAUGCACGUUUGUCUAUACACAAUAGAGUUAAAGUAAAAUGACAUCAUUUUUUUUAAAACAGACUAUUUUUUAUUUGUUAACAUUUGAAUGAACUUUAAAAGCUAAAGAAACACUGCUUUACCACGCAGAUCAAAUUUUAUUCUGAGCAGCUAUGUGUACAUGUGGUUUUAUAAGAGUACAUUACUGUCAGUAACAGCAUGCUGAUACUUGUUAAAUUGUUACUGACUGUAUUUGGGCCUAAAACUGGUUUUGAUGCCAAAAAAGUCAUUAUAAAAAAUCAUUUUGGCAGAUCAUUAAAGUUCAACAAUCCUAAGUGUCAUGAAGACUGAAAUUACUAAAUUGAAAAAAAAAUGUUUACAGUACUUAAAGAAAUUUUCUGCUGUGAAACUGUAACUUUGUAGUUUAAUGUUAAAAAAUGCAGAGCUCAGCAGAAACAGGUUUUCAGUAGCACAUAUAAGUUACUGCAAGCACAGAUUGACAUCACUGACAGGCAGCUCUGAUGAAACCCAAGUAUUUGUUGUCCAUGUGUUCUGUGGGUGUUACACAGAGGACAUUGUUUGUUCUGAGCGAAAAUGUUUACUAUAUUUUUAGAGAGAUUCUAAGUGCCUGAAAAUAUUUAUUUUUGUAAAGAAAUUGAGGGAACAAGGUAAACAUUUUGUAUUUGAUGAAAAUCUGAAAAAAACUUUUUUUUUAUUACAAUUUUAAAGGCUGUAACGUUUGCUAGUCAAUCAACUUUUAAAAGGGCCUGGUGUAAGAAUGUUUAAAAAUACUUAAAAUGAUUUUGUAUGUGUUUUCUACUGUUUUUAUGUCUUAAAAAUACACAUUAUUCAAAAAUAAAUUGAAAAUAAAACUUGUCAUUUUAUACAUUUAAAGCACAAUAAUAAUACUUAUUUUAUGUUAUAAAACAUGGAACACUGUUUUGUGAUUUCUUUAUAUGAUAUGCAAAAAUCAGAGAUUAUAGUUCAUGGUUCACAUCUCCAGCCUCAGAGAUGAAAGUAUUAUGUCUCAUCAAAAACAAAAAGAUCCCAGGAGGACUGUGUACGAAAAUAUGAUAUGCUUUGUUCGACAUAGCA